AUGAAUAAACAUCGAGUUGGCGGGUGGCCCAAGAACAUGCUCAAGCAAUGGCUACGGUCGCCUCCACAGCAUCACCGCCACCAGCCUCCUCCUCAUGCGUCCAGGAAACCGCAGGGAGACAAUUUGACGGAAUCAUUGCUCGCCAUGGAGUUCUGGGACGACAGGAGGCCACCGGGAAGAGUGCCAAAGGGGUCCCUGGUGGUGUACGUCGGGCCAAAGCUGAGGAGGUUUGUGAUCCCGGCAAACUACCUGUCAGCACCGGAGUUCAGGACUUUGAUGGAACGGGUGGCCGAGGAGGUCGGGUUCGAGCAGGAGGGGGGGCUUCAGAUCCCUUGUUGUGAGGAAGAAGAUUUUGAGGAAAUCCUGGCCAGGUGCAGGGCAUUCCCCCAGAUGAUGUCCAAGCCAAAAAGAAAUAGGAGUAAUAGGAAGACUUAA